AUGUCCUGGAACUCCUGGAAGCCAUACACCGAAUGCGACACGGCCGUCAUGAGAGUGAUCAAAGACGAUCUGUUGAGAUGGACCUGCAAGAGACACGCUGCCGGUGAUCCCCUCGACAGGCAUCUCCUACGUGACAAGGCCCUCGAAUUGGCUGGCGAGCACGGACUGACUGACUUUAAAUGUUCCGAAAAGUGGCUGACGUCUUUCUUGAAGAGAUACGGCUUCUCGCUGAACUUGGAGGAACCCUCCGGGCCGAUUUUCAAGGACUACCGACUCUGGAUCGACAUGAUGCGAUCCAUUAUCACGCGAUACAAGCACAAAGACCUAUUCCACGUGGACGAAUUGACGAUGUACUCGGACGUUUCGCCUACCGGGUUAUCGGUGUCACCGACGCGGCAGGAUGAACUCGAAACGAGUUUGAAAAAGACGACGGUACUGUUGUGCUGCAACGCCUCCGGCACCGAGAAGCUGCCGCUAUUGAUCUGCGGCUCUUAUCCCGCCGCGAUAAUGGGCAAGGAUCACAUGUACAGUCACAGUGAGGACGCUUCAAUAAACGACGGUCUCCUCAGGGAAUGGUUGACCCGAUUGAAUUGUCGUAUGUCGAGCAGCGGUCGAAGGAUUUUGCUGCUGGUGCACAGGAAUCGCAUCGGUUCUUUUCGAAAUUUUAAAUUGAGCAACAUUAGGCACGUGUUUUUCCCCGACGAUUUCCCGCCGUCGUUGAGGCCUUUGAAGAGAGACGUCUUCCAUUUCGUCAAGAUGGCCUACAGACGCAAGUAUGUGAAAGGAAUCAGAGGAGACAAACGCCGAUGGAAUGUCGAGAACGUAGUGAGAAGCUUGAUGGAAGCGUGGAGGGAAGUCCCGCGCGAUCUCAUUAUCGCCAGUUUUCAGCGAACGGGCUUUCGAACCGACAAUUGUUUCCUGAGAAUUCAUUGCAACGCGUGGGAGGACCUGGAGACGGGGGUGUCUUUCAGAAGAUUCGUCACGUUCGACGAUUAUCUCUCGGCUAAUGCGUCGCAUAAACGGUGCGAAUCCACCGGCAGGAGUCACAGUUAUAAUUUCAGGCCUAGAAAAACCGUCAGAUUCGACGAUGUGCCCAAUUUCGCGAUCGAUUCGAGCAGACGGGACCUGAUUGUUGGUCACGCCCAGGUGAAUGGAAAUUUAAAAGAGAUCUAUGUGGAAAAGGACAUCGAUUGCGAGGGAAAGAAGGUAAAGAACUUGCUGAAGAGAUCGCAUGACGAGGCUCAAUUAGACGAAGACCUUUGCGAAGAGGCGAAGUCGAGCGAUGAAUCACUGUCGGGGAAAAAUGAAGAUAUCAUCGUUAUUCCAACGUCGGCGAGGCCUCCGAAGGUCAUCGACAUCCGGACGAUCGAAAGUACAGCUCGGGGCUCUAAAUCCGGUGACGUACGCCCGACGACGACGCGAGCGAGCCUGGACGAAUCGAGGACGCAUACGGAACGCGAUUGUACGCUCGAUAAAACGGCCAAUAAUGAGGAGAAGUGUAAAAAUAGCCGAGUGUUGAGCAACGUGCGAUCGAUCGUAGGCCCGGAGGUCGACAAUAUCGCGAACGACGACAUCAGUGUCGCGUUGCAACAAGUGUUCGACGAUACGUCCGCCGUCGAUUCGGACGCAAAGGAGCCGAACGUGAGGGUAGUUUCCCGCGCCAGCCCGAGAGACGAGAUAGAGUCGACCGAUUCGGGCGGAAAUGUCGGGUGUUUCCCGCAGAAGUCACUGAAAAGGCAUUCUGUCAACGCUGAGGAAUCUCGAGAUAAUUCUAACGACGGUGAACCGGAGCGGAAAAGAUCGAGAUCCGAUUCCGAUUGGAUGAGGCGGUACGAGACGGCGUUCGUCUUCGGCCCGUUUGACUUAGCGUGGACCGUAACCACUGUUUCCGCAAACAGUGACAAUGGCGUACCGCAAUCAGUGAGACCGAGGCGCUCGUGCGAGACGGAGAGGAGUAUCUUUACCAUAAGGCCCAGGAGGGACUAAAGACGAUCCUCACAGCAGCUUAUACAAGAAAGAUGACGGAUCUGGAAUCGGAGGGAAUCAAUCUAAAAAUCUACAGAGACUCGUGUGCAAUCAAUUACAGUUUAAAAAACAAUGAAAGUUAUAACGCUAUUAAAUUAUAAAUCUUUCACGCAAUAUUUCUCAUCGAUGAAUGUACUCACGUUCGGCAACGAUUUAUUAUGAU